AGAGAGAAAUAAACACGUUGAUAUUGAUAUCCUUUGAAGUUCACUAGAGGCGUUUCCUCCACUCCGACGGCAGCUGUGGACCAAUAGUAUGUCAGGAAUUCUGUAACAAAAGGUGACCCCCAUCAGACACGAUGUGGAUUGUAUAAAUUUCUAAAUCCUGUUUCAACUGAUAGAACAGAUCAUCAUUUACUCAGGCAACUACGUGAUCUUGGGGAAAAAAUGGCUUCCUCCUUUCUCUGGGCAUCAAUAAUCCUUAUUUGUCACAAAACCCUCUUAGGACACACAUGGCUUGUAAACAAUUUGCUCAUGACUGGACCAAAAGCUUAUUUAAGCUACACGAGCAGUGUUCUCGCCGGAGCCCAAAACGGAAUGCAGGAGUGCAAGCAUCAGUUUGCGUGGGACAGGUGGAACUGCCCGGAGAGCACGUUUCACCUCUCAACUCACAGACGGCUCAGAAGUGCGACGAGAGAGACGUCGUUUGUCCAUGCGAUAAGCGCAGCUGGUGUCAUGUAUACUUUAACCAGAAACUGCAGCCUGGGGGACUUGGACAACUGCGGAUGUGACAACUCAAGAAAUGGUAAAAUUGGGGGCCGUGGCUGGCUUUGGGGAGGUUGCAGUGAUAACGUGGAUUUCGGAGAGAGGAUCUCCAAGCAAUAUGUGGACGCGUUCGAGACUGGGCAGGACGCCCGUGCUGCUGUCAAUCUUCAUAACAAUGCAGCAGGUCGUCUGGCAGUAAAAUCGACUAUGAAAAGGAUCUGCCGCUGCCACGGCAUGUCGGAGAGCUGCGCGAUGCAGACGUGCUGGAUGCAGCUGGCCGAGUUCCGUGAGGUGGGCAAUUACCUGAAAGUAAAGCACGAUCAAGCACACAAACUUGAGCUGGACAAACGGCGCAUGCGUGCAGGGAAUAGCGCCGAUAACCGCGGAGGCGCUAUUACGGACGCGUUCAGUAGUAUCGCACGCUCUGAACUUAUCUAUUUAGAGGAUUCCCCUGAUUACUGCGCGAAAAACUUGAGCCUCGGACUUCACGGCACGGAAGGCAGGGAGUGUUUGCAGAGUGGAAAGAAUCUGUCGCAGUGGGAAAAGCACAGCUGUCGAAGACUGUGCCACGAAUGCGGUCUGCGCGUCGAGGAGAUCCGCACAGAGACUGUGAGCAGCUGCAACUGCAAGUUCCACUGGUGUUGCACGGUGAAGUGCGAGAACUGUACGCAGGUUAUAGUAAAGUACGUUUGUGCACGGAGACAAAGUGGCCUGGGUCACAACCGACGCAGAUUUCGAGGACCAAAAUGAAUGCGACAAUGUUUCAAUUCAUUUGCCACAGACUUCCCUGCACUUCUCUGUAAUAUUCUUUCUGCCUUUUGUACAUACCAUAAAAUGCUAUUUAAAUAUUA